UCGCUCCGGAGUGGGUGUGGAGAAAGGAGGAGGCGUGUCUUAUGGCCGCCUUUGCUUCCGCUGGCGCAGCGUUCCACUCCAGAAGCGCGAGAUGAGAGUGGGUCAAGGUAGCCCCCGAACAUAGCUGAAGAAACACAUUCUGGAAAUAGCGACUUAGUAUCAUGGCUGGCAGUCCUAAUGAAGAUUCAGAAGGAAGCAGAAUCACAUAUAUAAAAGGAGACCUUUUUGCAUGCCCCAAAACAGACUCUUUAGCCCACUGCAUCAGUGAGGAUUGUCGUAUGGGCGCUGGGAUAGCCGUCCUAUUCAAGAAGAAAUUUGGAGGGGUACAGGAACUGUUAAGUCAACAAAAGAAAUCUGGAGAAGUGGCUGUUCUGAAGAGAGAUGGGCGAUAUAUAUAUUACCUGGAUUGGAUGUGGUCUUGAUCGCCUGCAAUGGGAGAAUGUAUCCACAAUGAUUGAGGAGGUAUUUGAGGCAACAGACAUCAAAAUUACUGUGUACACACUCUGAACAGAUGAGCAUUUUGGAUGUGUCUGUGUUCUUCUGUGUCAUCCUUGCUGGGCCAUAGGACUAGGCAAGCCAACACUAAAAUGGGCAGAGGAAAGUUUCAUGUGAAGUAGUUUUCUCAUAGGCUGAUGAUGAUUGGACUGCAACUCUGGAGGAGGGGUUGUUUGGGAUAUGUUGCUGUUUUUUUUUUUUUUUUUUGCCACAAGGUAGGGAGUAGAUGGCCUGUAUUAAGCAGGGUAACCAGAUAGUUGGGCCUGUGACCUCCACUUUUUUGCUCCAGUAUGCUACCUGGUUUGGCUGGCCACUAGGUGGCACCAUUGAUUUGAAUUCUCUGCUUUUUAAGAGCCAUUGAAGGGAGGAUGAAGACAUUUCGAAUAAUUUGGUGUCUUUUGUCAUUUGUACACUUACGUGGUGUUUUCCUUAGAUUAUCAGAUUCACCCUAGGAGAGAAUUAUGGGUUGCUUUGUAUUUUUUUGGUUGUUUUGUCUCAUUGGGUUACUUUGCUUUUGUUUUCAUUACAAAAUUUUGAGUUCUACCUUGUUAACAAGGAAUUUGUAGUGAAAAAAAUGGAAAAAUAAAUACCUUUUUCUUGGGGUCCUAUGAGGUUUUGUGCUUGUAUCUUUAUUGGUUUGGACUUGCAUAUAACGUUCACCUGUAACUUAAUUUCAAAGAGUCAGAACAGGACACAGUGGAAAGAACAACGGGAGAAAUAAGAGUGGACAAAAAUUAUGAGUCAACAUACUGGAAUAGAAGGUUUUUAGAAUCUCCUAUGAUGAACUCUUCCUCUCUUAUGUCCACUGCCUACUUUCUGUGAUGGAAUGUGUCUGAAUUCAAUCAUGAAACAAAUGAAAUAAUGUAUGUUAAAUGCCUAACAGAGUGCUCUGCACAGAGUAGUGACUCGUUAAAUCGGUGGUUCUCAACAAAAUUCAUGUGAGUCUUCUUUAAAAAAAAAAAUAAAGGCCCACCCCCUUCUUCCCAAAAACAACGUAAUUUGAUUUGUCUGGAGGGGGUGGUGGUGCAGGUUUAUUUGUGUUUUUAAGCUCCUAGAAGAUUCUGAUGAGCAGCUAGCUGGACUCAAGUACACUGCAGUAAAGAUUAGUCCCCUUUUCUUCCUAUCCUAAGAGAGCAGCACUGUGUCCACCCUUGUUGUCAUGGUGGGAGAAUAAAGCUUAUGGAUUUAGCACAGUGGUUCAGUGUCAGGGCCAUUGGGAAAACUAGAAGUCCCCCGCUGUCCCCAAUACUAUGAUGGUGAGAGUUAAAACAGCCAGACUUGUUACUGAUUUUCUCCCUAGAGUGAAUUCUGAGCCUGUCACAAGGCUUCCUGCUUCCCCAAGUAUAAAACAACAACUGGAUUUUAAAAGGGGUCUGUUGAAACACCAGGAAAGCACUGGUUAAAUAUAAUCUUUGUACUUUAGACGAGUGUUCUUAUCACAUUUCAGCCUGAUAGGAGGCAGCAGUUUCAAAAAGUAUGUCACUUCUUUUGUACCUCCAGGUGGAGCAGAAGUUCUCUGUGUUGGGGUAUGGGCAGUGCAAGGGUAAAUUCAUUAGCAAACUUUGAGGCUUAUCUUGAAGCUUUGCUUCUGCCCACAUACAUACAAUAAAAUUGAAGAGAAAAAAAAAGGGAGAGAAUGUCCAAAUACACAAAACUGAAAAUGAGAGUAGGGUUAUAAGAGGAAACUUGAAAGUAUUUUGCUUAAAACCCACUGCCAUUGAGUCGAUUCCAACUCAUAGCGACCCUAUAGGACAGAGUAGAACUGCCCUGUAGGAUUUUCAAGGAGGAGCUGAUGGAUUCGAACUGCUGACCUUUUGGUUAGCAGCUGAAUUUAUAACCACUUAGCUGUGUGCCAAUCAGUCUGGGUCAAAAUAGUGACUUUUUAGACUUCCUAUGCUUUUAGAAGGAUUAGGGUUAAUUUUUUUCAGAGUAUGAGCUUUGAUGAUUGUUUUAACAAAACUCAUCCAGGAUUGGCUGUAAGUGGAAUUCUAGGUCUCAGCAGUGUUGUGGUAACAUGCUUUGUCAUUCACAGAUAGUCUUGGGGUC